GGCGCGGGGCUGGGCGGCGGCAGCAGCAACUCCAGCUCCGGCUCUGUCUUCAGGGGCACUACCUCGAGAUCGAAGCCCCGCCAGGCCCUGGUCCAGGAGUCCUCUUGCGCAGGUCCCAAUGCCAGGACCCAGUCUCUUACCGCUGGCCUGCCUGGCCCUGCUCUCUACGGCCUUGCUGCUCACGGCCACUUGGACAGACUGCUGGGUGGUUAACUCCGACGAUAGUCUGGAGGUGAGCCAUAAGUGCCAGGGGCUGUGGCGGGCGUGUGUCACCAAUCUACUGGAUGGGAUCCGGACCUGUGACCAGUAUGAUUCCAUCCUGGCCACCCAUCCACGGCGGCGGGUACUGACCAGGUCCCUUUUGCUCGUGGCUGGGCUGCUGUGUAGCUGUGGGUUGGUGGCCCUGCUCCUCACUCUGACCCAGGCACAGUUCCUGGGGACUGACUCCAGGACAAGGAUUCAGCUGGCCUGGGCAGCAGGCUGCCUCUUAGGUGCUGGAGGGUUCCCUGGAGUGCUGGGCUCACUCUGGUUUGCUGUGGAGGUGGCUAUGGAGCGAACCUUACCUACUCAGCCCCGAGGACCCCUUACUGGCUACUAUGAGUGGGGCUGGUCGUGCUGGUUAGGCAUUGUGGGAUCUGCUGGCUGCAUGGCCACUGCCUUGGGCCUGGCCUGCUGUCUUCCAGGCCUCUGGGUCCCAGGCAGGAGAGGCCCUGGGCACCAAAUCAGAAGCCGGCUGCACCCACAAGCCAUAUAUAUCCUGGACUCCAGUGUCUAAGGCCAUAGCCGCCUCAAUCUCAUCAACACUGCCACAGUUUAGUCUCAGAUUCUUAGAACCAGAGUAGAGAUUAGAGGUUAUCAGGGCCCAUCUCAAGAUUCAGUUUGAUGUUUAAAAGUUUUAACAAUAUCUUUUGUUUUUAUACUAUAUUCAUUUCCCAAUAUAUCUCUUCCCUGCCCUCCCAUCCAGUAAGACUUCCCUCAUAACAAAGAUUUUUUUUUUAGAAAUACACCCAUUCAGCAGAACCAACCAAUGCAACAACCUUGUUUAGCCACAUAUGCAAUUCAGCAAGCAAUUAUUAAGUGCCUACUAUGAGCUAGGCCUACUGUAUGCAGAGUACUAGGAAUACAAAGAAAGGCAAAAAUAGUCCCUGUUCUCGAGGAGCUUAUAGACUAAUAGGGGAGAAAACAUGAAAACAACUAUAUAGAAACAAGCCAUAGAUAGGAGAAAUUGGGGAUAAUUUUGGGGACAGGGAGGCACACAUUCCACAUGGAUAAUCCCUUGCCCCUUCAUUGAAAAGAGGGAGGUAUAUUAAGUCAUCUCAUCUCCAGGGCCAAUGCUGAUCAUUAUAAUUGUGCAGUUGUGGCAAAUAAAAUUAAUAAUGGUAAAC